GUAAAUUGUAGAUGGAACUUAACUGUGGGAGACAUACAGAGUAGAAACAGCCAUGGCAUCGGGAGCGUCAACACCGCCGUAUCCAAGCGCUGCUAGAAUCUCCGAUUCUCAAUGUUAUCCUCAGUACACUGCCUCUUUAAAGUGUCUAGAAGAAUAUAACUCGGACAAGAGCAAAUGUCAAAAGCAUUUUGAUAUUUACAAAGAAUGCAAGAAACAGGAGAGGCUAGCUCGAUUGGAACGUAACAAGAGUAGGUCUCUUUUCUCAUGAAACUCUUCAGGAUUUCUGCUCAUAUCGUAAGGCGCAAAAGUUAGUUUUGGGCUCAUUAGAGGUGGUAUUAGAUUUAUAGAGUGCUAUACUUGAUACGGUGGCAAAUGUAGAACAGGGCCAAUUCGAAUUCACACGUAUUUGUUCAGUCAAUCCAUGUUUCAUUGAGUAUCUUACUUGUGUAACACUCCCGGCUGUACGAAAUCAUGUUCGGGCAAUAAUCGUCUUGUAUGGUUAAACUUUUUCAAAUGAGAUGUAAAUCACCACUAGCAACCACUGUUGUCUCCAACACCACUGCAUGGAGUUAAUUUUAAUUGAAUUUCGUCAUAUUUAUAGUA